AUGUGCAGUCUUUUGAAACGUUCCCUUUUUAAGUCGCGCCACUCGACACAACACGACGCCAUUUGCAAUUUUCUUUGCACUUCUAUUUUUAAACUGACUCUUCUCCUCCAUUUUCUCCUCCACCUCCUCCUUCUCCUCAAACUUCUCCUCCUUUUUCUCUUCUUUCUUCUUCUUCUUCUUCUUCUUCUUGUGUUUCAUAUAUUAUUUUCUUUUUUCUUCUUUUUAAUCUUUCUUUUUAAUAUCUCAUUCUUUUUUAUGAUUCGGUCGUCGUUUUUCAAUUUUUUUCUUCUUUUGUUUAUUUUCUCUUUCAAUGUCUCUCUCUUUCAUUUUCUUUUCCUUAUUUUCAUUUUCUUUUCUUUCUGUCUUCAUCUUUCCUUCGUUUCUCUUAUUUUUGUUUAUUCUAUCUUUUUUUUCUUUCUCUUUUAUACGCUGUUCUUCAUUUCAUUUUUUUAUUCUAUUUCUUCUUUUUAUCAUACUCUCUUCUACAAACUCUUCUUCCUCUUUUUCUCUUACAUCUCCUUGCUUAUUUCAUUUUCUCUUUCUCUUUCUCUUUCUGCUUUUUUUCUUUUUUUUAAUUCCUCUUUUCCUUAUUCUAUCUUUUUCUCUUUCCUCGUCCUCCAUUUUUUUAAAUCUCAAGCUCUUUCUUUCUUUCUUUCUUUCUUUCUUUCUUUCUUUCUUUCUUUCUUUCUUUUCUCUAUUCAUGGUAUCCCCAUCAUAAACGCCAUCAUCAUAACAUUUAACCACACCUCCUUUUUCUCUUAUAUAUUUGGCUCAUUUUGUUUGCCUUCAGCUAAUUCCCAUGCAGUUCUGAUCUCCAAAUUCUUUCGUAAUGUUCUCAGGUAG